AUGACCCUAAAUUUGAUCCUCAGCACUAGAAGGCCAAGAUCCCUGAAUGGAGAUUAUCUCGUGGAAAGGGAUGGCCAGAUUCUUGGCUGCUGCUUGAACAGUUUGGCCUGUCAGAAGAAGAGAAGCCACAGGGCUGCAGAGGCAGAUGCCAGCAGGAGAAGCAGACAUGCCAGAAAGACACCCACGGAGAGAGGAGCAGGUGGCCUGAGGGAUUACUCAGCAGGUCCCAGGAGCCAGUUCCGCAUCCCCUGCUGCCCCGUGCAUCUCAAGCGCCUGCUCAUCGUGGUGGUGGUGGUGGUCCUUGUUGUGGUGGUGAUUGUAGGGGCCCUGCUCAUGGGCCUUCACAUGAGUCAGAAACAUACCGAGAUGGUCCUCGAGAUGAGCAUUGGAGCACCGGAAACUCAGAAACGUCUAGCCCUGAGUGAGCACGUGGACACCAUUGCUACCUUUUCCAUUGGCUCCAGUGGCAUUGUUGUGUACGACUUCCAGAGGCUCCUGACUGCCUAUAAGCCAGCUCCGGGAACCUGCUGCUAUAUCAUGAAGAUGUCUCCAGAGAACAUCCCUAGCCUUGAGGCUUUCACUAGAAAAUCCCAGAACUUCCAGGCCAAGCCCUCAGCACCCACCUCCAGGCUGGGCCAGGAGGAAGGGCAUGAUGCUGGUUCUUCCGGGAGGGACGUGGCUUUCCUAGGCCUUGCUGUGAGCACCUUGUGUGGAGAGCUGCCGCUAUAUUAUAUCUAGGACGCUUCAGGGUCGGUGGCAAACGCAGAGGGAAAGGAAAGACCCCCGGCCAAGAGUCUUUGACAGACAAGCAGGAAGCUGCUCCUGCCCAUACCCGACAGGAGAGGGUAGAAGUCCGUGGAGGAGAG